AACUCCUGCAGCUGGAGGCGCGAUUCCUCAUCUCAGUGCACCCCUGAGGCUAGAAAGGUCCCGCAAACAGUUCGGGUGGGAAAACAGAACUGGAGGAAGUUGACAGGGAUGGGCGGGGCCGCGGGGGUGUGGGGGAGCUGACCAGGAACCCAGCUUUCAGCUCAGAACCCAGGCAUCCAGCCCCCAGCUGGCCCCCACCCCUUCCAGCCCCCCACUCUCCUCUGGAACCCAGAGUUCCAAAUCCCAGCCACCCCUCCCCCUUCGGUUUCUCCCCUAUUGGGGGAUGGAGGCCGAAAGACCUCCGGAAGGAGAAGAGGAUGGUGAGCAGGACCCCCCCCAGGAUGAACAGGGCUGGCCCCCUCUGAACACCACCACUCGGCCUUGGCGAUCUGCCCCUCCAUCCCCUCCCCUGUCUGGGACAGGACAUACAGCAGCCCUGGAGCCCUGCGCGGCCUCCCUGCUCUCCCUGCAGACGGAACUCCUUCUGGACCUGGUGGCAGACGCACAGUCCCGCCGCCUGGAGGAGCAGAGGGCCAGUUUCUGUGUCCCCCAGAGCCCCCCAAACCAAAGGUCAGCCCAACCGCCCCGGCCCCUUGAGGACAGAGAGCAGCUCUACAGCACCAUCCUCAGCCACCAGUGCCAGCGGAUGGAAGCGCAGCGGUCCGAGCCUCCCCUGCCCCCGGGAGGACAGGAGCUCCUGGAGUUGUUGCUGAGGGUGCAGGGAGGGGGGAGAAUGGAGGAGCAAAGGUCCAGGCCUCCCGCGCACACUUGCUGAGACUUGAGCUUCCCCAUCCCCGGGUGCAAAGCUGAGAGGCCCACUGCCUGCCUUCCACCAGAGCCUGGGAAGCCCGGCCGAAAUCUCACUAUUCGUACCUGCCCCCCUGUGCCCAGCCCCCAGGGAAAGAGGAGGUGGAGGUCCUCAAACCUGGGGACGGGGAGGGAAAGGCCAGGCAGGGUGGUCCUGAGGCAGACAGGAUCCCGGCCACCGAGGGACGGACGCCAGCCCUUGGAUCUCACCGUCACCGGGUGGCUGGGAGUCUCCUUUGGGUGUCCAGCCUCUAGGUUGGUUUGCAAGAAUAGGUAAAACACCCGAGGCUGUGAAGGGAGACAGCCCGCCCUCCUUCCCGGUUAAAAGAAAGGAAGGUCAAGGGGGGCGGGCCCGAAUGGAGACGAAGCCUGCCCGCUGACGCCCACGCUGGCACCCCUCCGCCCCCAGGACUGUGAGGGGCCCGGGGGCUGUGGAUGGACUCGGGCCAGCCCCCCUGCCCUCAGGCCGAUGUUUUGGUGGUGUGAAUAAAUGCCAUUCCCCUCUGGA